AUGGCGCUGGCUUGGACAUCGACGGCCGACGAUCUCAUCCGCGUGGAAGCCACCUUCGACGGCGUCGUAUACUUCGACAGCGCACUUUGGCUGCAGACGAACAUUGAGGUCAAGCAAACGCGAUACAACGAAAUCACAGUACUGCCUUGGACUUGUGUUCUCCUCUACCGAGCAAGAGCUUUGAGGACAAUCCUGAUGUUCUCGCACAGCCUCCGCGGUUCUUGCUUUUUGAAAAGGUGCGCCCGAACCGAGCCAACGAUGGCGGCGAUGGCCACGAUCAAGGUGGUCGAGCGCAUGGUUCCGAAUGCAUUUGGGUCAGCGUAG